CCAGGAUGUAAUUGUAACACAAAUAGUGUAUGUUUUUACUUCUAGCUAACAUUACCGGCGUAUUAUUUCAUGCACUGAAGUAGAGCCAGCUCGCGCGCGUUCAGUGGAUAUUUUACAUUUUAAAUAUACACGGAGUUGAACGAUCAAAUAUUGCAAAAACAUCAAAAAUGGCGGACAUGAUGAGUGAAAAGGGGAUGAUCGCAUUUAAACUGGUGGACUUUAAUAAAGAUGGUGUCGUCAAUGUUAAAGACAGAGAUGCUUGUAUUCAGUCAUUUCUCAGCGUUUUUCAACCAGGAGAUGACCGGAAACAAAAGAUGAUGAAUCAGCUAAAUGAGUUCUGGGAUAAAAUUGUCUUCCUAACAGAACAUCCGGAUUGGAGUAAAUCUUUAAAUCCUGAUGAGUUUCUAGAAACACGUAAAGAUGCAUAUACUAAAGAUUCUACAAAAACCAUCGCCGUAGUGCGAGAUGCCUUAAAACAACUGAUUAAUGCUGGAAGUGUUGACGAAUCUGGUCACUUUUCUUUUGAGGAAUUUAAAACACUACAUGAAGCGUUUAAUCUAAAAGAAGAGAACCUGGUAAAGGGUAUAUACAGUAUGAUUGGUCCUGAUGCAAAUGGAAGAAUUCCUGUUGAUAAUAUUGCAGAUUUCUAUACAGAACUAGCGAUGGGGAAUGACGAAGGGAAACAUGCACAAUACAAAACUGCUCUUGCAUCAGUUGGAUUUGUGUGACGCUUGUGACAAUAUAAUACGACCAAAAUUAACGUUGAAACAAAUCUAACUUAUUCCUGUGACUCUAUAAUGCUUUACGCGUUGUGAUUCUAAAAUCUCUUGUAUUUGGAUAUAUGAACUGAAUACGUAGAAAAUGAUAUUGUACUUUUAUAUAUAAAAUGUAGAUCGGAGAUAAACGCAUAAUGAAUAAAACUUAAUGUGUUUUAAUGAACGUUUUGUUUAACGUAAUGUAUUUGAAAAAAAAACAUAUUUAAAGUUUCACCAUGUCAUCGUUUUAAUGCUUUGGUCAGUGUAAGAUGACAAUUAACAUGUUUGUGUCAACAAAACCAACAAAAACGGUAUGAUUUAAGAGCGUUUAUUUCUAUGUGAAUUAACCAUCACCAAAAAAAAACAACUGAAAAUCGUGUUAAGAGGUUCAUACAAGUUGUUCAAAGAAAUAAAUCGGAAAGGAAAGUUUAUUUUGAUUUUUUAAUGUGAAUAGUUUAUAACAAAAUCAGUUAAUAUGUAUGCCCUGUGUGUCAAUGUAAAAGUAAUGUAACAUUGGUAUACAGUUUUAUUAGACGCCGCGUGCACGCAGCGGCUAUCGUUCAUUCGGCAACGGGAACAAUUUUAGUCUUGCUAUUGUAUAUUUUUGUUUUGUUUUAACAAAAUUACACUGUUUUCAGAUUCGGAAUUUGAAUUGCCCUAAUGAAAAUAUUUUUUCUGAUGUUCAACAUGUCACUGAGAUUUUGAUCAGUUGAAAUAAUCGUUUAAAUUUAGUGUUUCAUAUUCUUUUUAUUUUUUUCCCUUUUUCUAUUUACCUAAGGAAUAACCAAUCAAUGAGCCAGUCUAUUGUUUAAUGACGGGAAACAAGAUAUUUGGGUGUAAUCCCUCGCAAUUCCGUUACUUAACCUAAAUGCAUUUUCAAUCAAUUGGUGCCUCCUUAUAUUUAAGUGUCAGUGUACAUAGAGCAUAUACAAUGCACAACAAACCCGAAUAAGUGUAAACUUACAUCUUAAAAGUAAAAUAGGAUUUAUUGGAAGAUUUUAAAUUCAGUGUACAAACGUCUAAUUAUGACUCAGCCAGAAGGCAUUUCUUGACGCCAGGGGUAAUUUUUAACGCUUCAAACAGAUGUUUCAAUCCUUGUUGCGACAGGCAAACAUUGGUUUAUUCAGAAUUUCAGACAUGGCAUUACUUUGUGAAUUUAUGCAUUAGGUUCUUCUUUUCCACAAAAAUAUGCAACUUAUUAAACAACGGACGCAUACCAAUAAAACUUGAUUAGUGCUUCGGAUCUUCAACUGUAAUAGUGAACAAUUGUCAAGGCUGAUUUUGUACAUGAUUGCAUGUGACUGUUCACAUCAUUUGGCGGCGUCUUUGGUGUGCAGCAUCAACAUCACACUUGUAAUUUUCUUGAAAUGUAUACAUGUAUUUGUGUAACUCAAGAUAGCUAAACUACCUUCACAAUUAGCUGAACAUCUUAUCAUUCAUAUUUCUCAUGUUAUUGUCAAGGAGACGUUUAAGAACACUUUUGAAAAAACACCUGAUAUAAAAGUUAAUGAGCCAUUUAUCCUUUGGUUUUAAUUAGCAUUGCUACUUAAACAAAAUAAAUGUAGAAAAGGCACCAUCUGCCAAAUUUAUACUUGCGAUUUUAUAACGAAGGCGGUUGAUUUUAUAUUCUGAAAGAAAUAAUUGAUUGAUUCUCCUUAAUUCAUGUUAGGAAUUUUAGUUUAAACAUAUUUUAUUGCAUCAAAUGCAUGUCGAAUAUUAUACAAAUGAUGAGCAUAUA